AUGUGUCAAGGAAGAGCGUUCUUCGCCCGACGCAACAAAUUCAGCUCCAUCACCAAACGCCACCCACAGACCGCGACCGCAGAGCUCUGGCAUCUCCGCCUUGGGCAUCCAGGUCCAAGAACCCUGGAGCACCUUGUCAACUGCUCAAGAGGCGUCCGCAUCAAAGGCAUCACCACCACAGGAUGUGAUGACUGCGGCACGGCCAAAUUGAAACGACAAAUUCGAAGGGAGCCACGAGAAACGCCGCCACCAGGCGAGCGCCUGGCAGUCGACUUCCACGAUCUCGAGCCUGACCAACUAGGCUACGAUUCGAUGGCCCGGAGUUUAUUCAACUAG